AUGAAGAUAUCUACAUUACACCAGUACGAACACGUGCCUAUCGCUAUAGAUCAAAGACCAGCUAACGUCUCAUUGCUCAAUCGGAUGAACGUGAUUUUUGAAGAGGCGUUGGACUUCCUGGGCGUGGUUUUUAAAGUUAUCUGGGGCACCAUUACGCUUCAGUACAUCCUAAACCCUAUCUUUUGGGUGCUAAAGAUUGCCACGAUUCGUGGAAUGAGAGGCCUCACUUAUAUUGAGGCUAUAAGUGUACUUGAGUCUCCAUGCACAGGUGACUUGAGUGUUUGCUGGCUAGUGAGAAUGCUUGAUGUCUACAUAACCUUUAUCGGGGCUUUUGGUAUUCUGUUGCUUAUCUUUAACUUGCUGCCCCGAGUGAGCCGGAGGUCAAGUCGAAACGUGUCUUUGAAACCAUACGUUUAUGCAAUUGGGUUGGUAUUUCUUGUAUACAUAGGCGUGUUUUGGCUUUUCACAAUUCCAGUUAAUGGCCUGCUUCUUUCUAUAUUUAUUGCCAACCCAUUGGCCGGUUGGCUGAUAGCCGCCUUACUACUAGCUGUCUUGCUUAUUUCAACUGGGCUUAUAUUCAAAAGCGACUUUCUCCAGGCCAUUCAGACUCUGCCCAUGCCAGUCAAAGCCUUAGUUUUCAUUCCCUUUGUGCUUCUCUUAGCGAUUUGGUUACUCAUGCUUGUUUCCUUUAUCGCUCUAUUUGGAACUAACUUCCAAAAGGCCUGGGAUCACUAUAUGAUAAACAUGUCAUUGCACUAUGCGCAACAUCCUAUUUACCAAUAA